GACAAGCUCAGGUGUGCUGGGGGACGCAGGAAACAGGUCCGGGCGCUGGGCCCGAGAGCAGGGGUGGGCCCUGGGCCUGGGCUGGGGGUCCUGCCCCGGGGUGCACCCAGGGCGAGGGCUGCCCGGAGGAGCCGAGGCUGGCGGACAGCCCGGCGUGAGCCUGAGGGGAAGGCAGCAAGGGGACAGACAGAGGACAGAGCCCCGGGAAGAGGGUCUGCAGAGCAGAAGGCACAGGUGGGGGCUGCCUGGCGUGGGGAAGACAAGAGAUCGGAGCCGUGUGUACGUCGGGAGCUCGGAGUGUGCGUGAGUCCCACGCCCAGGCUCGCGACUCUGCCGGCCAGGCCAGCGCUCUGGGUCGACCGGGUACUGGAGCCGCGCACAGGGACAGCCAGUGGAGGGGGGAUGGCGCCGCGGAGGGUGACGGCGGCGCUAGGACCCGGGGGCGCGGGCGGGCGGCGGGCGGACGGACGCCGGAGGCUCUAGGACCCGGCGGCUCGGACGGAGCGGAAGCGGCGGCGGGAGCUUCCGGGAUUGCGGUGCGCAGGCACCAUGACUCCUGUGAAGACCCAGCACUCCCUGGCAGGUCAGACGUAUGCCGUGCCCCUCAUCCAGCCAGACCUGCGGCGAGAGGAGGCCGUCCAGCAGAUGGCGGACGCCCUGCAGUACCUGCAGAAGGUCUCUGGAGACAUCUUCAGCAGGAUCUCCCAGCGGGUAGAGCAGAGCCGGAGGCAGGUGCAGGCCAUCGGGGAGAAGGUCUCCUUGGCCCAGGCCAAGAUUGAGAAGAUCAAGGGCAGCAAGAAGGCCAUCAAGGUGUUCUCCAGUGCCAAGUACCCUGCUCCAGAGCACCUGCAGGAAUAUGGCUCCAUCUUCACAGGUGCCCAGGACCCUGGCCUGCAGAGACGACCCCGCCACAGGAUCCAGAGCAAGCACCGCACCCUGGACGAGCGGGCCCUGCAGGAGAAGCUGAAGUACUUUCCUGUGUGCGUGAGUGCCAAGCCGGAGCCCGAGGAUGACGCAGAGGAGGGGCUUGGGGGUCUUCCCAGCAACAUCAGCUCUGUCAGCUCCUUGCUGCUCUUCAACACCACCGAGAACUUGUACAAGAAGUAUGUUUUCCUGGACCCCCUGGCUGGUGCCGUAACAAAGACCCACGUGAUGCUGGGGGUGGAGACGGAGGAGAAGCUGUUUGAUGCCCCCUUAUCCAUCAGCAAGAGAGAGCAGCUGGAGCAGCAGGUGGGAGGAACAGGGCUGGGUCCCAUUGCAGUGAGAGCCACGAGCCAGGGUGGGGACCUGAUGUCGGAUCUCUUCAACAAGCUGGUCAUGAGGCGCAAGGGCAUCUCUGGGAAAGGACCCGGGGCUGGUGAGGGACCUGGAGGAGCCUUCGCCCGAGUGUCAGACUCCAUCCCUCCUCUGCCGCCACCACAGCAGCCUCAGGCAGAGGAGGAUGAGGACGACUGGGAAUCCUAGACCUGGGCCAUGGCUCCGACCUGGACACAGCCAGGACAAGCUCCUCAGACCUGCUGCCCUAGGAGGGGGCGGUGAUGGAAUUGUCCCGGGACUGUGUGGGGACCACCUUCAGGGAGCGAGAGGCUGGCCUGAGGCCACAGGGCUGGGGCUGGGGCUUCUGUAUGUCUGUGCUCCACCGGGGGAGGGCUCCACCCAGCCUGCACCAGUGUGUUCUUCUCUUCCCUAAAGAGGCUUCCAGAGAAAACAGCAGCACAAAUCAAAGAAGAACUGAGCAGAAACCAACAGUGCACUUUUAAUAAAGGACCGCUAGCUGUGCAGGAUG